AUGGGUGCGUUCAGGAGACACAACGGUUACACAACGACACGAGUAAAGGUGCAACCGGUGGAGACCAAAUUUGAUAACAAGCAGCUGGAAUCCGGAUCAUCUGUAACUAUCGACGAAACGACGAUUCGAAGGAUCGAGAAGCUUGCAUUAGUCGGCUUCGAGUAUAAACAAAGCAAGCGAGUGCUGGAGGAAGCAGUCGCGUUUGCUGAACGACUGCGACGAGUUCACAUCGACGAGGCAGUGCGUCCCAUGUAUAGCACCCUGGAGAAGGAGUAUAUUCACUUACGGGACGACAUAGCGCUACCACAUGAUAUCAACCGCCGGCGUGAGAUUCUGAAGAAUGCAUCGGUGCUGGAGGAAGAAUACUUUGUGGCACCUUUAGUGACAAUUCUUAGAUUCAGCUAA